UAAACUGCCUAUAAAACGAUUAAAAUUUGUAAUUUUUCAGUGGCAGAGUCUUGGAAUCGACAUCCAAUUGGCGUACUAGCAGGCAACAAAUAUCAUAUGGGUAUUUAUGACGAAUGUGUCGACGUUAAUUAUCCAGUAAAGGCACAGUAUUGUUUGUCCGAAAUACAUUUGUUUCCGCCAAUGGGGAAAAAUUACAGUUUUCUAAAAGGAACGGAAAACAUUAACAAUGUUGGCGACAAUCACGCGUGGAAAACAAUACUUGGGUGGGUCGAUUCUCCGGAUCUAAUCAAACGAAACAGUUUGAAUUUAGGGAUAUGCAUACCGGAUUCUUGUUCAGCGUCAGAUCUACAGACGUCGUUGCAAAAUGAAUUUGACAAGGUGUUUUUACCGGAGAAGUUCAAAGCUGUCGUCCAAGUAGACCCAAUACUCUGUACUGUGAGUGGAGAUAUGUAUCCUUACGACAUGGCGUAUUUUUUAACCAGUGCAUUCUUCGUACUACUUGUUAUGAUAUGCUGUGGUGUGACCGUUUGUCAUUUCAUAAAACUAUCGCGUCAACAAAAUGAAACCUUAUCAAAUGAUGAAUUCUUCAUUUCAUUUUCAUUUAUCAAGUCUCUCAAAGAAUUGUUAAAAUAUGAUAAAACGAACGAAUUGAAUUUUCUGAAUGGUAUGAAAGUGACAACCAUGAUAUUCAUUUUAUUUGGUCACAGAUCCAUGUAUUUAGCAGGAUAUCCUAUAAGUUAUUCUAAAUAUAUCGAAAAUAUGUACAUAUAUGGACCUGAUAUAUUAUUGACUAGUAUGAAUCUAGUAGAUCCGUUUUUCUACAUUAGUGGUUUUAUCUUGUACAUCACAAUCUCUCCGAUAUUCCUGAAAGCAGGAUCAGUAUGGAUAAAGCUUGCGUCACCGGUUAUCUAUCGAAUAGUAAGAAUGUUACCGGCUUAUUGUGCAAUGAUGGUGAUCACAGCUAAUAUCGUGCCUCAUCUUGGAGACGGGCCACUGUGGCCCCAAAAAACCUGGAGUGAAGCCGAGACAUGUAAAAAGUAUUGGUGGACCAAUCUGCUUUUUAUGAGUAAUUUUGUAGACGCCAAGUAUGAAUGCCUAAUAGUGAGCUGGUACAUAUCGUGUGACCUUCAGUUCUUCAUAGUUGGAGUUAUUUUGGUUUACAUUUACACAAAGAACACUAAAUACGGAAUUGGAUUGCUCUCUACCAUUGUUAUUGCGUCGACAUUUACGCCAUUUAUAAGCACGAUUUUGAAUAAAAAUGAUGGAAUACUUAAAGUACACCUUCGAUUUUUAGAAAACCCCAGAACUUAUACAACGUUUAAUGAGUCUUACAGAGCAAGUCACAUGAGAGCCACACCUUUUUUUGUCGGGGUGGCAAUGAGCUUAGUUGCUAAUAAAUUAAAACAGACAAAAAAAAAAUUAUCUGUGUUUACUGUCUACGGAGGAACGUUAGUUGUAGUUGUGGUCUGUUUGUGGGUACAGUUAUACGGUGCUUUAUUUUAUGUGAGACAUAGACCUUAUUAUCUAUUGGAACAUGCUCUAUAUUCGACAUUCAGCCAUUGGACAUGGACGACAAUAGCUGUGUGGGUCACUAUUUGCUAUUACACAACUGGUUACGGUCUUUUAACAAAAAUUUUUGAUAACAGAUUUAUGGUACCCAUGGGGAGACUCUCAUACUCCGUUUUCUUAGUGAACCUAAUCGUUAUGAUGAUGUCUCAGAGUUCUCAAAGACUACCUACUUAUCUAUCAGCAAAAUCAUCGUUGGAUGUUUGGAUACACGAUACUUUUAAAACUUAUUUAAUGGGCUUAGCAUUAUACUUAGUCGUAGAAGCACCGUUUGGAGAUUUGACUAGACAAAUGUUCGGGCGAGGGAAAAAGAGUGACUCGUCCACAAGAAACGAAAUGCCAAUUGAAAAAACUACAACUGCAGAAACUCCAAAAAAAGUUAUGACUCAUUUAUAAUAAGUAUUAACUGAUUGAAUCUUAAAACAUAAGUUGAAUAGAUAUUAUUACAUAUUUAUAAUAUUUUUAUAAACUAUAUAAUUAAAUUUUCAUUAGAUUUGAUUACAAUUA